GCACAAGAAGAAAUUACACUUUAACGAAAAAUUUCUCAAAUGUCAGAGAAUGAAUUUAAAUUACCGCAAGGGUGGCUCAGGGAUGGUAGUCUAUUGUAUAGACCAUACCUAAACCCAAAGCCUUCCAGGGCAUUCGCUAUAUUCGAUAUGGAUAACACACUAAUGGUCACUCCUAGCUAUUACGUGGAAGAAUUAGCCAGAGGAAUGGACUUACCAAAGGCUAAACCAGCAAUAGAAAAUGAUUAUGUUCUCUUUGCGCCAAAUGUAAGAGAAAAACUACAGACAGAACACUCCAACGGAAGGGGAGUUUUGAUCUUCUCCAACCAACGUGGAAUGUUGAAUAACGUUCCGCUAGCCUAUGUUAUUAUCGCCAGAAUAGAACUGCUUCUUAAAGAUUUGGAUGUUCCCCUAUAUAUAAUACUAGCAACGGAGCAUAACAUUUGCCGUAAACCAGGUCCAGGAAUGUUAUUGUACUAUGAAAAGCAUCUAAACGGAGGUAUUAAAGUUGAUAGAAAAUCGUCUAUUUAUGUUGGUGAUGCUGCCGGACGCAAACAAACGAGAGAAACGGCUAAAAUAAUGAUGCAAAAUUUGCUACAUAUGCUAAAAUCCACAGACUUUACAGACCAUAAAUACAAGCAAAAGGAUAAAAAUGGAAAUCUAAUACCAGUGGACGCUGAAUCUAUAAUUAAAAAAUUAACAAUUUCUAAACUGCGUAAUUGGAUGGUCUCAGAUUUUUCAGAUUGUGAUCUCAAAUUUGCGCUGAAUAAUGAUAUACCAUUUAACACACCCGACGAAUAUUUUUACGGCUUGGAUCAACCAACCCCUGUUAUUGAUCUUGUUCCAUCAGAAAUAGGAUCUCAACCGUUCUUUCCACCUAUUUCAAAUGGUCUAAUCAUCAUAGUAGGACCGCCAUCCAGUGGGAAAACAUUCUUUUGUGCUAAUUUAUUUCCAAACUUUGUUAGAAUUACUCCGGAUGAUUUCCCCACUUUAGAAGCAUGCAACAAAGAAAUCGCAAAAAUCCUUAAAACUGGAAAAAAUGUGAUCAUAGAUGGCACAAAUCACCUAUACAAAAUAAGGGCUAGCUUUAUAAAAACUGGAAAGGGAGCAGGCGUAACUGUCUCCCUUGUAUACAUAAACGUCAAAUUACCGUUUCCCACACAUGUAAAUAAACUUAAAAUGAUGCUUUCCGACGAAUUUAGCAUAGGACUCAUUGGAGAAACACUUAAACCCGUACCAUCAAUAGUAUACGGCAAAGGCAAAAUAACGACAUAUUUUAGAAAUCUGCAGCCACCUUCAUUGGAUGAAGGAAUGGAAGGACUAUUCACACUCUCAGAAACCACAUUUCCAUUCACACACAACGCAUUCUCAAAAAUUUAUCUCCCAUAA